ACGACCACGACGACGACGACGACGACGACGACGUCGAUCACAUAAACGACGACGACGUUGUUGGUUAGGAAACGACUUCGACCGGAGCGACAGAAAAAGGCGCGUACUUAUAAAAGGCGCUCCGAAUUGUCACGCAUUCACGUAACCGCGACGUAUCACCUGACGCGUGCAGGUUCCUAGCUCGGUCGACUCCUUCGACCUCCUCCUCUUCCUCGUCGUCACUAUGGCGGACGACGAGGUUCUCUUCGACGAUGUUUACGAGCUCUGCGAGAUUAUCGGCAAAGGACCAUUCAGCGUCGUUCGGAAAUGCAUUCACCGUCACACUGGGCAAAUUUUUGCCGUAAAAAUCGUCGAUGUGGCGAAAUUCACCUCUAGUCCUGGGCUCAGUACUGCGGAUUUGAAACGAGAAGCUACAAUAUGCCAUAUGUUGAAACAUCCACAUAUUGUGGAACUGCUCGAAACUUACAGCUCCGAGGGCAUGCUAUACAUGGUAUUUGAAUAUAUGGACGGCUCUGAUUUGUGCUUCGAGGUCGUAAGACGAGCAACUGCAGGAUUCGUAUACAGUGAAGCAGUUGCAAGUCACUACAUGCGACAGAUCCUCGAAGCAUUGCGUUACUGCCAUGAGAAUGACAUUAUUCAUCGUGACCUGAAGCCGCAGUGCGCCCUCCUGGCUGGCAAGGAAAAUUCCGCCCCGGUGAAGCUGCGCGGUUUCGGCGUUGCCGUGCAACUUCCGACCUCGCAAUCUAAUGGCGUUGUGGUGUCAGCGCUAGGCGAGAAACGAAAAUAG